CAUAGUCUAACGUCUUGGGUUAAUAUUGUUCAGUAGUAAAUUGUACAUAAAUCAAACUCGAAAUAUGUCAAUUAGGCCAGACGGAUUCGGAUUGACUGCUGAGCUUGACGACAAGACGAAAGCAAAAUAUUUUGAGGAUCAAGAAAGUGAAGUAGCUGAAUGGAUUAAAAAUAGAACCGGUCAUGAAUUCACGGGAAGAGGACAGGAUGAUUUCAGAGAAUUUCUUUUGAAUGGCUCAGUAUUAAGCGCUCUCAUCAAUUCGUUUCAAGUGCCUGGAAUAUCUUGCGAACCAAAUGAUACGAGUGGCAUCGAGUUGCUGGCUAUGAGAGACAUGAAAGAAGAAGAGAUCAUUGGAAUGUUCCUGACUGCUGCAAAAAACUUCGAUGUUAGACAAGACGAUUUGUUUCAGACCUCCAACAUACGAGACAACAGCAAUAUGGCACAGGUUCUCAGAACUUUGCUAAUUCUUGGCAGAUUGGCAUACAGUAGAGGAGUGUCUGGGCCAAUGAUUGCGAUGAUGUAAUGAAGUAAACGCUCAAGUAAAAUCUUUCAAUACUGCAUCUUGUGUGUAUAAUAAAAUACUUUCAUAAAGUAACCAUUUGUAUUUGUUGUUAUUGAUUUUGAAACUCGUUUUGACUUUAUCAGCGCGAUUCAUUUUACAGUAUAUCGACCUCUUUGAUCUUUGACCUAUUUGAUUCUAGAUACGGUAUGUAUUGCAUUAUAUUUUUGGAAUAUGUUGACAUAGUUUGAAGAAGAAUAGAAAUAUAAGGAGGUCGCGGAGGUUCGGAUUUCAUCAGCGCAAUUCAUUUUACAAUGUAUCGACUUCUUUGAUCUUUGACCUUUUUGAUUCUAGGUAAGGUCUGUCUGUAUUGUUGACACAUUUUGUAAAAAAAAAUAGAAAUGUAAAGAAGUCGCGUGCCUAAACCAAUAUCGUCGAAAAUAUAAAAUGAGAAGCAAUUACCAUAGCGCAUUUUGGUUGCCCCUAAUUUUUUAAAGAUUAUUUAUAAGACUAUGAGCGAAUGCACGUGGUUAUGGUUUAUUUAUAUGCAAUCUACAUUAUUCGAGUAGGUCAUUUAUCACGAUGCAGAAAGUUAAUUAGUGCCGCGUUUAACACGAAUAAUAUCAAAAAGACAGCAACAAAUUUUUCAUUAAAUUGUGUGCUUUAGAAUUGCAUACUUUUGUCGUAAUUACAUUCGUUCAAUUGUGUUUUGUGAUUUUGACAUUUUGAGUUGAUU